AUGGCUCAUGUUGAUGAAGUGACGCCUGAACGUUUUGUACCGUCAUGGGUAUUGCAAACGACAUUCGAGAGCACAGAAGAAGCUCUCAAAGCACUUCAGGUCUAUAAGAAGAAGGAUGCAGAAAAAGUCAUCGUACGGUUCAAGGCAGUAGGAAAUGCCCCAAUCAUGAAGGACAACUUCUUCAAGAUUACUGCGUCCAACCGAUUUCAAGCGGUCAUUCAAUUCUUGAGGAAACAGCUGGGCUAUAAAGCCACGGAACCUCUUCAUACCUAUAUCAACUUGGCGUUCUCUCCUGCACCAGAUGACUUGGUAUCCAACUUGUUCAAAUCUUUCGCGACCGAUAACCAUCUAAUAGUGAAUUACAGCACGACCGCUGCGUGGGGUUAA